AUGCCACCUGUACCGGUUUAUGUCAAAGGUGGUACCUGGUCCAAUAUUGAAGACCAGAUUCUAAAGGCAGCGAUAGAAAAAUAUGGAACCCAUCAGUGGAGUAAGAUAGCUUCGCUUUUGCAAAAGAAAACUGCCCGUCAAUGUGAACUGCGGUGGACAGAGUUUUUGAAUCCUAGCCUCAAUUUCACACCUUUUUCAAAAGAGGAGGACGCAAAGCUCCUUGAGCUCGUCAGAAGACUGCCUAAUCAAUGGAGAACCAUCUCAGAUGUGAUGGGCCGUACGCCACAAGUUUGUGUUGAACGUUAUAAUGUACUUUUAGAAGGAACAGACUCCGACGUGAAGCUUGGUAGCUCUUUAGAUCUGGAGGCCGGCGAUAUUGAUCUUCACGCGGAAAGCAGACCAGCGAGACCGGAUCCUAUGGAACUGGAGUCAAUGGACAAAGAGAUGCUAGCAGAGGCCCGCGCCAGACUUUUGAAUACGCAGGGUAAAAAAGCCACCAGGAAAAUACGAGAGCGGAUGCUGGAAGAAAGCAAAAGAGUGGCCCAGUUACAGAAAAGACGUGAAUUGAAGCAGGCGGGAAUCGAUUCCAAAAUAAGAGCUCCUCGAAAGAAGUUUUCAACUCAAAUCGACUAUAAUGCGGACAUCGUAUAUGAAAGGGAACCGGAAAGCGGACCUUACGACACCACGUUGGAGGAUGAGCGGAGUGCACGGGCAGUACGGGCAUUCGAAAAGUCCGUGGAACGCAAGGGAUUGCACGAAAACGAAGAGGGGAAUAAAACGAAGCGGAAAAGAAGGCAUGAAGACGUGUCAACAAUCGUGGGCCAAACUAGUGUUCUCACAGACGAUUACAAGAAACCCAAGCUAAGCUUACCACCGCAACAUGAUAACGAAAGGAUGGGGCCUGAAAGAGCAGCAAUAAAACGCUCCAAGCGUAGCAUCCUCAAAUUAUUUUCCCGUCUCCCGCAGCCCAAAAAUGAUUUUGAAUUGGAAUUAGACGAAGAAAUUGGUGGCGCUGAAGGUAGCGAUGGCCCGGACGAUGACGAAGCAGAAACUGAUGCUCAUAGGACAGCUGUAGACAUUUCAAGUGGGGCUAACGUUGAUUCAAGCAUGAAUGCCGAAGAUGAACCUUCACUAUCGACGUUUUCCAGGCUGCGAGCCAAUCUGCCGCUUCCCGAACAGAUUAAAACUCCCUCAAACCCUGUGGAACGCGAAUACAACGAAUUGCUGGCUUCUGCUAUGAAUCCAACGACCACCCAGACGGAAAACCUGCUUUUUGAAUCUAUCAAGAGAAAGUUACAGCAGUCUCUUCCUGAUGAGACGCCCGGAGAGGUGUAUCUCGACCAAGCUGCCAAACUGAUAGACGCUGCUCAACAUCCAGCAGGACCGGGUGUCGAGCAAAUACGGGAAUUACAGUCACGUCUUCAAGGGCUUCAAAACACUGUGGAUGAAGUCACUUUUUUCAAGACCAAAAAUCAAGAAAUCAGUGACACGAUUUUCUCGGAGCUCCUGCCCAAAGUUGCUGAGCUUCGCCAUUCAUAUUUUGUGAAGUACAAAAAGUACCAGAAUGAAUACUACGCUUGUCAAGUCAGGCGGAAUAAAAUACAAGAACAUCUUUACGAAGCAGGGGCAGAGAAACCGGUAUGA